UUCUCACAUCACAUCCACCAACAACUUCGUCCACCACCACCAACGACGAAACACUCACCACCGACAUCACCAUUCAUCACUUCCUACCACACACACCACACCGCAUCCAUCAUCAACAUGUCUGAAGGUGACCAGGCCGUCAAGCUCGUCUCCAGCGACAAUGUCGAGAUCCUCACCACCCGUCAGAUCGCCGAGCGCAGCAUGCUCAUCAAGAACAUGAUCGAGGAUCUCGGUGCGCCGGGUGAGGAGCCAAUCCCCAUCAUGAACGUGUCCGAAGCCGUCCUCCGCAAGGUUCUCGAGUGGUGCAACCACCACAAGAACGACCCCGCGCCCACUCAAGACGACGACGCCGACUCCCGCAAGAAGACGACGGACAUUGAGGACUGGGACCAGAAGUUCAUGCAGGUGGACCAGGAGAUGCUGUUCGAGAUCAUUCUCGCAGCCAACUACAUGGACAUCAAGGCGCUCCUCGAUGUGGGCUGCAAGACCGUCGCCAACAUGAUCAAGGGCAAGUCACCAGAGGAGAUCCGCAAGACGUUCAACAUUCAAAACGACUUCACCCCCGAGGAGGAGGACCAGAUCCGCCGCGAGAACGAGUGGGCCGAGGAUCGUUGAGCGGUUGCAUGCGACAUGGUGCUCACAUACGAGUAACAUGGAGAGGAUACAUGAGAUUACGGAGACAUCAUCAGCGGGUCAGCUACCGGCGGACGACCUGACUGUCAAGGCGUUUGGGCGAAAUGGAGGGCUGCUCUUCGCAAUGACUCGAUUUUGAUGAUUUUUCACGAUUACGAAAGCUGUUUCCAGCAUAUGCAGUACACGCUCGGCCUGGCCUGCAGCUGGAAGAACAUGCUCAUCACGCGCAAAGGUGCGCGACGCUGUAGAAUAUACGGCUUCAAAAAUGCAUCACUCAAGUUC